AUGAAAGACCGACUUCAAGAACUAAAGCAGAGAACAAAGGAAAUUGAACUCUCUAGAGACAGUCAUGUAUCAACUACAGAAACAGAGGAACAAGGGGUGUUUCUGCAGCAAGCUGUUAUUUAUGAAAGAGAGCCUGUAGCUGAGAGACACCUACAUGAAAUCCAGAAACUACAGGAAAGUAUUAACAAUUUGGCAGACAAUGUUCAAAAAUUUGGGCAGCAACAGAAAAGUCUGGUGGCUUCAAUGAGAAGGUUUAGUCUACUUAAGAGAGAGUCUACUGUUACAAAGGAGGUAAAAAUCCAGGCAGAAUACAUCAACAGAAGUUUGAAUGAUUUAGUUAAAGAAGUUAAAAAGUCAGAGGUUGAAAAUGGUCCAUCUUCAGUGGUCACAAGGAUACUUAAAUCUCAGCAUGCUGCAAUGUUCCGCCAUUUUCAGCAAAUCAUGUUUAUAUACAAUGACACAAUAGCAGCAAAGCAAGAGAAGUGCAAGACAUUUAUUUUGCGUCAGCUUGAAGUUGCUGGAAAAGAGAUGUCUGAAGAAGAUGUAAAUGAUAUGCUUCAUCAAGGAAAAUGGGAAGUUUUUAAUGAAAGCUUACUUACAGAAAUAAAUAUCACUAAAGCACAACUUUCAGAGAUUGAACAGAGACACAAAGAACUUGUUAAUUUAGAGAACCAAAUAAAGGAUUUAAGGGAUCUUUUCAUUCAGUUAUCUCUUUUAGUAGAGGAACAAGGAGAGAGCAUCAACAAUAUUGAAAUGACAGUGAAUAGUACAAAAGAGUAUGUUAACAAUACUAAAGAGAAAUUUGGACUAGCUGUAAAAUACAAAAAAAGAAAUCCUUGCAGAGUACUGUGUUGUUGGUGCUGUCCAUGCUGUAGCUCAAAAUAA